AGGUUCGAUUUGAACCAGAUUGAGCGGUGGCUGGUGAGAGGGGAAUGAGUGGCGGAAAGUUUUGCCUUUUUUCUUGGAGUUCGUACGUGGGAACGCUAGGGAGAUGCCGGUUGGUUUUCCUGUUGGAUUCUGAGUUUGCGGGUCGCAGGAGCCUAACUGGCCCUGGGCCCAUGUACUGUCCCACGGCCUCGCGAAAAGCCAGCGGUCGACCGGAUGCUGUUUCCCAGUUCGCGAGCCCCUCGGUUUGUGGAGCCCGAGGGCCGGGCCGCCUAGGCGCGGGAGCUAGUGAGGAGGGGGGUUCAGCCUCAGAAGAAAACCGUCACCACACUCAUGGCGGGGAUUUUGUGCUCAAUAGUUCAGAGGCCCCCAGGCAGACUCCAAAUGAUGACAAAAGGUAUGGAGUCUCUUAUUUACAUGGAUUGGAUUCGUCACAAAUUUACCAAGUCAAGAAUUCCAGAUAAAGUAUUUCAGCCUUCACCUGCAGAUCAUGAAAAAUAUGGUGGGGAUCCACAGCAUCCUCAUAAACUGCAUAUUGUUACCAGAAUAAAAAGUACAAAAAGACGUCCAUACUGGGAAAAAGAUACAAUAAAGAUGCUUGGACUAGAAAAAGCACAUACUCCUCAAGUUCACAAGAAUAUCCCUUCAGUGAAUGCAAAACUGAAAGUGGUUAAACAUUUGAUAAGGAUCAAGCCCCUGAAGUUACCCCAAGGACUUCCAGCAGAGGAGGACAUGUCCAACACGUGCCUCAAGAGCACUGGGGAAUUAGUGCGGUGGCAUCUAAACCCCAUAAACCAAGAAGCAGUUAAGUCCUAAGGCUGGAGCAGUUUCAUAUUAAGAAAUGUAAAUCAUUGUGUUCUCAUUAAAAUAUAUUUUAAAUACUAGUCCUUUUCACUGGCUAAACAUGGUGUGAUUCUUCCUUAUAUAGGCUUGAGAUUCAGUGCAGAGGACUGUAGUGGAAGGGAGGGGAAACUGAAGGGAAAGAAAUCAGGGAGACAACCCAUGAGACUCUUAACUCUAAGAAACAAAUGGAGGGCUGCUGGGAGGGAGCUGGGUAGGGAAUGGGUUAACUGGGUGAUGGGCAUUAAGGGGGGGCAUGUGAUGUAAUGAGCCACUGGUGUUAUAUGCAGCUGAUGAAGAACUGAACUCUGCAUCUGUACAUCAAUGAUGUACUUUAUGUUGGCUAAUGGAAUUUAAAUUUUAUUUUAUUUAGUUUUUUUAAAAGAUUUUAUUUAUUUAUUUAUUUGACAGAGAGAGAUCACAAGUAGGCAGAGAGGCAGGCAAAGAGAGAGAGAGAGGAAAGCAGGCUCCCUGCUGAGCAGAGAGCCCGAUGGGGACUCGAUCCUAGGACCCUGAGAUCAUAACCUGAGCCGAAGGCAGCAGCUUAACCCAGGCGCCCUGGAAUUUAAAUUUUAAAAAAAGAUUUAUUUAUCUAUUAGAAAGAACAGGGAGGAAGGGCAGAGGGAGAGAGAAUCUCAAGCAGACUCCCCACUGAGUGUGGAACCCAACAAGGUACUCAGUCCUUUGACCCUGAAAUCAUAACCUGAGCCAAAACCAAGAGUCAGAUGCUCAACCAACUGCUUCACCCAGGCACCCCAGGUAUCAUUAAUUACUUAGCUUGAACAGUUCUAAUUCAACAGUUAUUGAAUAUCCUAUAAGUGUAAAUCCUAGAGGGGCUAUAAAGCCAAAGGACACUAAACAACUUCAGGGAGCUCAUUCUCAUUAGAGAGACCUCUGUGCUACAACAAAAUGUGUCCUUGCUGCAGGCAGGUUGAGGAUAGCUGUGUAAGUAAAAGCUCAUCACUGCCAGGUUUUUGUUUUGUUUUGUUUUUACCAUUUCUUUCACUGUACUAAUAUUAGUGUUGUUUAAAAUGGGGAAAAGAACAUUGGUUAAUUUUUACCCAAAGAGUCUAAUAAACUUUUUUUUUAAAAAAAAGAUUUAUUUAUUUGAGAGAAUACGAGCCACAGGAGGGGCAGAGGAAAAGAGAGAAUCCUUAAGAGAGAGAAUCCUUAAGCAGUCUCCUUGCUGAGUGCAGAGCCCAAUGUGGGGCUUGAUCUUACGACACUGAGAUCAUGACCUGAGCUGAAAUCAAGAGCUGGAUGCUCAACAAGCUGAGUCACCCAGGCACCCCUGGCUCUAACGUUAAGGACCAUACCAGUUCUCUCAUUCUCCUCUACCCCUCAGCUUAGGCACAGAGAUACCUGCUGAGGGCAGAUCACCUGGCCACUGGCUCCUUAGUGCAUUUUGCUCCAAAGCCAUGCUCCUGCACUCUGAUGCAGCUGCCCUUCAGGGUCAAACCUGCACCUUCCCCAGAGGAUCAAUGCAGAUCCCCACCAUGCCAGAUCCCUAAAGUUUAGAAUUUUAAACUUAGUCAUCCUGACUGGGAUAGAGCCCGAAGUACACUAUGCUGCUCAAGUGGGCAAGCAACCGAGACACAGUGAAAACAGCGACCUGAAAAACACCUACAACACACAAUGAUAAAUUAUUUGCUCAGGGACUGCUUCCCUGAUAGCAGUGAGCAUGUACUCUCUUUUCCAGGAAUAAAGGAGCUAGCUUCCCCACACCUAAACAUAAACCAUCUUCAGUUAACAACACAAUAUUGGAUGCUUAAAUUGCUUACACAAAAACCUGCUGCCCUGCCCUCUGCUGUUACUGCUUUCCCCAGGCAAGUGUGUCUGAGAACCAGCACAUUGGCCCCUCCCUCAAAAGACCAGCACAAACACCUGCAUAUACCAAGUCUACUGAUCAUAGGGUACUGUGAAAAUUCAGCUCUAGUGGGAAUAGCUUCAUGUCUCUUUUAACAAGCAGACCAGAGUACACCUAGUUAAUACUCUGGCCAAGGUCCAAACAAACCACUGCAGACAAAAAGCCCUGCAGAGAACUGACCUGAGGGAGAGAGGAACUGUAACACAGCAGCAGAGUACACACAGCAUACACACACAGACAUUUCCUAAAGCACCAGGUCCCUGAACAUUAUACGACCUCUUUAUAAAGCUAUUACUGUCAGGACCAGGGAACAUAAUAGGCUUCCUAACACACAGUAGAAGACAGAGACCUAUACAAAGUGGCAAGAUGGAGGAAUUUAUCCCAAAAGAAAGAACGACCAGGGUUCUAAAGAUACAAGUAAUACGCCUGAUCUAGAAUUUAAAACAAUCAUAAGGAUACAAGCUGGACUUGAGAAAAGCUUAGAAGACAUGAGGGGGCCCCUUUAACACAGAGAUAAAAGAGCUUAAGACCCAUCAGACCAAAAUGAAAAAUGCAAUAACUGAGAUUCAAAACUGACUGGAUAUAAUGACCACAAGGAUGGAAGAAGCAGAGGGAUGAAUAAGUGAUACAGAAGAUAGAAUUAUGGAAAAUAAACUGAUCAAAAGAGAAAGGAAAAUCUUGGAUCAGAAAGUGGAAUUGGGGAACUCAGUGUUUCCAUGAAACAUAGUAACAUUUCUAUCAUAGGAGUCCCAGAAGAAGAAAAUAGAAAAAGGGAGCAGAAUGUUUAUUUGAGGAAAUUAUAGCUGGAAACUUCCCUAAUCUGGGAGAGAAAACAGGCUUCCAAAUACAGGAAGCACAGAAAACUCACAUCAGAAUCAAAAGUAGGCCAAUGCCAAGACAUAUAGAUAAAUUUGCAAAAUAUAAAGAAAAAAUCCUAAAAGCUGCAAGACAAAAGAAGUCCCUAACUUACAAGGGAAGACAAAGGUAGCAGCAGAUCUUUCCACAGAAAAUUGGCAGGCCAGAGAAGACACAUUUUAGACAAAGACACCUGCAAAUUGAAAGUGAGGGAAGGGAGUAACAGUUUACGUGGCAAUGGAUGUCAAAAGAAAGCCAGAGUAACAAUACUUCUAUCAGACAAACUAGAUUUUAAACCAAAGACUGUAAUAAGAGAUGAAGAACAGCACUGUAUCAUAAUAAAGGGGUCAUUCCCGGGCACCUCGGUGGCUCAGUUGUUAUGUGUCUGCCUUCAGCUCAGUCAUGGUCUCAGGGUCCUGGGAUUGAGCCCCGUGUCAGGCUCCUUGCUCAGUGUGAAACCUCCUCCCACUCCCCCUGCUUCUGUUCCCUCUCUUGCUGUGUCUCUCUCUCUCAAAUAAAUAAAUAAAAUCUUAAAAAAAAAAAAAUAGAGGGGUCAUUCCAACAAGAUCUAACAAUUGUAAAUAUUUAUGCCCCCAAAUUGGGAGCACACAAAUAUAUAAAACAAUAACAUAAAGGAAUUUAUUGAUGAUACAAUAAUAGUAGGGGUCUUUAACACCCCAAUUACAUUAAAGAAUGGGUCAUCUAAGCAGAAAAUCAACAAGGAAACAAUGGCUCUGAAUGACACACUGAACCAGAUGGACUUAACAGUUUUAUUCAGAACAUUUCAUCCUAAAGCAGUAGGAUACACAUUCUUUCCAAGUGCACAUAGGACCUUCCUCAGAAUAGAUCACAUAUUAGGUCACAGGUCAGGCCUCAAUUAAUACAAAAGUAUUAAGGACACACCAUGCAUAUUCUCCAGCCACAAUGCUAUGAAACUUGGGUCAACCACAAGAAAAAAAAUUGGAAAGACCACAUAUACACGGAGGCUAAAAAACAUCUUACUGAAGAAUGAAUGAGUCAACUAGGAAAUUAAGAAAUUUAAAAAAAAAAUAUGGAAAUAAAUGAAAAUGAAAACACAACAGUCCAAAACCUUUGGGCUGCAGCAGUCAUAAUGCAGCAGUAGUCAUAAGAGAGUAAUAUAGGCCUACCUCAGAAAAGCAAGAAAAAUCUUAAAAACAAUCUAACCUCACAUCUAGAGGAGCUAGAAAAAGAAUAAAUGAAGGCUAAAGCCAGCAGAAGAAAGGAAAAGCAGAGCUGCAGGCAUCACAAUUCUGGACUUAAAGUUAUAUUACAAAACUAUAUAUAGUUACCAAGACAGUAUGGUAUUGGCACAAAAACAGACAUAGAUCAAUGGAAGAGAAGAGAAAACCCAGAGAUAAACACAACUAUAUGAUUAACCAAUCAAAUGUUUUAAAUGAUUUUUUAAUUUUUAAAUUGAAGUAUAAUUGACAUAUAACAUUGUGUAACUUUAAGGUGUACCAUGUGUUCAUUUGAUACAUUUAUAUAUUGUCAUACUGUUGCCUAUUGUAUAAUGUCCUAUGAUUACCACUGUAACAUUAGCUAACACCUAUGUCAUGUCUCAUUAAGUAUCAUUUUGUGUGUGUGUGGUGGAAACAAUAAAGAUCUAGAACUCUAA